UAGCCUGGUUCCCUAAACAACAUUGAUGCAACAGCUCUGCCUUCCUUUCUUCCCGAUAACAAACUCUGUCCUUCCUUCACAAUUCAGCUUAUUUCAGCCAACCUUUGAGGGGUAGAAGACAAUAAGCUCCUCCAGCGUUCAUAAAAACAGGCCAGUAGAGGAGAAAAAGAUCCCGCUGCUACCCAGACAAUGCGUUAGCCUUGUUAGACACCAGAGAAGCCACGCUGAAGACCCUCAAAACGUCUCUGGAGAUGCAGGAGCAGAGCUUUUGAGGUGUCUCAUGAUGGAGACGGGUUUGCCUUGAACCAGAUUCCUGUCCUGCAGUUCACCUUAGCAAUAAAUGGGAACCUCUGGUUUGACCAGAUGAGUUGAAGAUAGCCUGUUGAGAUGUUGGCCUCAGACCCUGCCUGCAGAAAUUUUUGGACUAUUGAGAGCACGGUAGACCCUGGACCUGAUGAAGAAGAAGCACUGGAGCUGAGCUGGUCCCUGACUGAUGAAGAAAAGAAGAUAAUCUUGGAUGAGCAUAAUAAAUACCGCUCCCAGGUCUCUCCUCCUGCUAUGGAUAUGCUGAAGAUGAGCUGGGACACAGAGCUGGAGGCCUUUGCUCAAGCCUACGCAGAGAAGUGCAUCUGGGACCACAACAAGGAGAGGGGCCGACGGGGGGAAAACCUCUUCGCUAUGGCCCCAACUCUGGACCUAGAAUUCGCCGUGGAAGACUGGAAUGGGGAGGAGAAAUACUACAACUUGACAACUUCCAUGUGUGUGCCUGGCCAGAUGUGUGGCCAUUACACCCAGGUGGUCUGGGCAAGCACGCAUCAGAUCGGUUGUGGGGCAAAGUUUUGCGAGAAGAUCGAAGGAAUCGAAACAGAGGACAUGUACCUGCUUGUUUGCAACUAUUACCCACCGGGUAAUAUGAAAGGCCGAAAGCCGUACAAGGAAGGACCCUCAUGUUCGCAGUGUCCCGAGGGCAGAGUCUGUGUCAACUCCUUGUGUGAACCCACUGUAGAAGAGACCACUCCAGCCCCUGUGACAACAAAGCAGGUUCCCCGGACACUGAAGAACUGGAGACAAACUCAGACCAGACAAGCAUGGAUCAGCCCACGGCUCGAGCCCCCAGUACCUGCCUGGGGCUUUCACUCUUCCUCCUACCCAGUGUCAUCCUGGUGGGCCUUCUGCUUUGAAUGGUCUUUCCCAGCUGUCCCUGCACCAGUCACCAAGGCUUUCUUCAGCAUUGGUUGUUCCACAACCCUGGUAGGCUUGGGAGACACCAUGGUCAAUUCAGGUUGACACACUCUCUUCUUAUGCUGCCUUAUCUGCUCCAGCCCCGACGAGGCAGGGGCAGCUGGCAGUCCCAUGGGAACUUGGUCCCCUUCCUGAGAGACCCAAGGGCACAGGAGGGUGUCUGCCAUAAUGCUGGUGACCUUGGACCCUUCUCCUUUCUUCCCAGCCAGCCUGGGCUUCUGGUCCAUUUCCAAACUGGAAGUGAUGAGCUCUCCCACCCACCUGUGUGGCUGGCAGGCCCCGCCGCACCAUGUCCCCAGGGAAAGCAGAAUGACUUGGAAACCCAAGUGGCGAUGAGACAUGGUCAUUGGUUUUGGUGUUUGUCUGUAGAUGAGACAUGGUGGCUGGGUUUGGUGUUCGUCAGGAUGAGUUUCCAACAAAAACGCUCUUUUCCCCUCCUAAUGUGUCUUUUUGUCUCAAUUUUGAAGAAGUGUCAUCUCUUCCCUUCUUGUCUGAAAAGAGUGGCUUUUUUUUUUUUUUUUUUUUGUCCACAGGAGAGGAUUUCUAUUUCCUUCCUGUUUCUGGUAUAGCUAUGGCCAGUACUACCCAGAUGUACUCUUUUCUCCUCCUCACACCUCUGCAACCCUUGCCUCCUUCCUCUUUUCUGCUCUCUGUUGCAUGUACCCAUUCCACAGUUAGUCCAUUGCCAUGACUUUAUUUUACGCGUGUGCCUGCACCUGUGUGCAUGCACAGAAGAAAAACCUUCAGCGCUGAAGAGGAGUUACCGGCUCCUUCAUACAGCUUUCUUCUGCAUGGCUUCCUCCUUUGCAUAACUUAAGUGUAUUUGAAUUUAGAUACAGAUCCCAGUUGAUGUAUAUUUUGCGUGUGGUGGAACCUGGUCCUGGAGAAACAAGUCAUCACGUGUGCUGGUACCAUUUGAGCUCAAGAGAGCCAAACAAAUUAUGUUAGACGUUACCGGUGGUUCCAGGACUUGUUGCAGGACCACUUUCACUGUCUGGGACACUGUGUGUUUUAUUCCCCCAUGUCUCUGCUCCCUUCACCUGAGGAUUCCCAGUAAGGUGUCUUAAAUAUGUGACAAGCUUUGCAGACCGGUGGAAGGGACUAGGAGAUACAGUCCCUUAUCUGGUUGUUGCAUCCUUUGAUUUCUUAAACAGAUGAGGUGGAGAAUGACCUGAAGGCCAAUAUUUGUGUCCUCCCCCAUAAUGCUGUGUCCUGUGCAUCCCCAGAGCACGCACUGAAUAAAUCCUGUUGUGAAA